AUGGGUCUGGGGGCGCCAGAUGUUCCAGGCUGCCCGGAUGGAAAGCUUCAGGCAGAGAGACUCUCAGCUCUUCAGCAGAAGAAACAGGCUCUGGAGGCCCUCCUCAGCAACAGAGUGGGGGAGCUCAAGCAAGUGUGUCUGCAGGAGGCGGAGUUUACUGGGAAGCUACCCCGGGUUUUCCCCUUGGAUUCAGGGGAGAAACCCCCACUGGUGCAGCGCAAGGCCCACUUGGCACCCAGCACCAAGAUGGAGGACGAGAGCACCCAGAGAAAGCAGAUGAAAGCCAUCUUCACUGGAGCACUGUACCGCAACUCCGAACUCGACAGAAACGUCCAAAACAAGAGGACAGUUCACCGGGGAUGUCACACAGAUGAUGCUGUGACGUCAGAGAGUACAAGCUCCACGUCUGACACAACAUCUCAUGAUAAUGAGUCUCCCAGUGUGGCAGCAGAGCAGCGCACUUUGUCACAGCCUGGACUCACUGUAGGCAGCCCUGAACACCGCAUCAGCAGGAAGCUUUCACCAGUGGAGAUUUACUACGAGAUGAGGACACGACGUAACUCAGCCACAAGCUCUGUCAGCCCCUCUCACUCAUUACCACAAAGUGCAUCAAAUGCUGAGGGUAGAAGUGUUCCUGCGACUCCUCUUCUGGCUCGGACGGCCCCCAUCAGUGUCCAUGUUAGAUCCGAUGGAUCUACGACUAAUGGCACUAAGCAGUGGUCUGGCAGUCUGGAUGUGCCAUACAUGAUCCCCCUGUCUCAGGAGGGCUCCUCAUCAGAGCGCAGGAGCUGCCCUUACAGCUCCCGGGCCAGGCGCAGUAAUAGCUCAGAGGCCCUGCUGGACAGGUCUAGUCUGCCUGAUGAGCCUGCUCCUCGAAACGGGAUGCCCCCCAGAGGCGGGCCUUACAAGAGCUCGGAGACACUCACUGAUGGAAAGCUGCGACGAAUGAAUUUAGAAAGUUGUGACAACUCUGUGGAACAGGCCAAACUGCGUCUGUCCAUGGGGGGGCGAGGGACUGGAGGGUACAGCGAGCAGCUGAUGGAUUAUAUCUGGGGAAAACAGCAGAAGAUGCAGCAGCUCUAUCAGUCUACAGGCAGGAUCUGGCAUGACCCACAAACAUCCAGCGUAGCACCUCAGUCUCAUGCCAAUGGCUUCUCCCACUCACAAGUGCACCUCCCCAGUGCUGUACCCCCUUUUAGCCCCAUGGUCCUACGCGGAUCCCAAGCCGAACUUCGUCGGGUGAAAGUCACUAGAACCAAAUCUUGUGGUCCAUUUAUUCCUUUGCCACAGCAUGAUGCUCUUCUACUGUCAGCGUACGAGUCCCCCCUUCCUUCCUCAGCCACCACAUCAUCCAUCCCUAACUUGCACCCUUACCAGGCCGAGUUGCUGGGGCCACCAUUCACACGCAGAGUCCCACAAUUCUCUCUCCCUACCCCAGAGGACUCUACACGCAGCCUGCACAAGGCUUUAGCGCUUGAGGGACUGCGGGACUGGUACCUCAGGAAUGCUCUGGGGUAUCCUUCCUCGUCCAAGGGUAAUGAAGCAGGGGUCUCCCGUCUCUCACACCCACACCCUCUGGUGCACCAGCCCCAGUCUGUUCAGGGAGACCCUUCCAGCAGCCACAGGCCUCACAUGCCUCAGUCUGCCAGCUUCCAUGGCCACCCUCUUCACGGAAGAUCAAUGGAGUUGUCUCUGUACCAAGAGAACGCACCUGAAGCCUCUCCUAAGGAACCCAGUGCUGACCCUGGCACUCUGCACGCGCAAGUCUCGCGGCACGGCUCAGGCGACAAGGUUAAAGGGGACAUGUCAUCAUCAUAUGCAGCUGCGAUAUCUGCUCUUAUCACAAGCAGCCUCUCAAAUGCAUCCAACCAGACCAGGUCUAACACAGGACCACAGAGUCCCAAAACUUACAGCGCAUUCAAACCAGUUCAGCUCCACAGUAAGUCUCCACAGUCUCCACAGUCUCCAGCAGUGGUGCCUCUGAGCCCCAUCGAAGAGCCACAGGAAAACCCAGAAGAUUAUGGCAUUGGUGGUUAUUAUCCUGUAGAAAUUGGAGAGAUUUUUGUUGGCCGUUACCAAGUGGUGAAGAAGUUGGGAUGGGGUCAUUUCUCGACAGUAUGGCUCUGCUGGGAUAUUGAAAAGAGGCAGUUUGUGGCUCUGAAGGUGGUAAAAAGUGCUCCGAUCUUCACAGAGACUGCAAAGGAUGAGAUCAAGCUGCUUCAAUGUGUGAAAGAGAGUGACUCUAAGGAUCCCAGGAGAGAGAGGAUAGUUCAUCUCCACGAUGACUUCAGAAUUGCUGGAGUAGACGGAGAACAUGUGUGCAUGGUUUUUGAAGUGUUGGGCCACCAGGUGUUGAGAUGGAUCGUCAAGUCCAAGUACAGUGGUCUCCCCCUGCCGUGCGUCAAAAGCAUCAUCAGACAGGUCUUACAAGGCUUGGAUUAUCUUCAUGUCAAAUGCAAAAUCAUUCACACUGACAUCAAGCCAGAAAACAUUCUCUUGAGUGUCGGAGAGGAGUACAUUCAGCAGCUUGCAGCCGGUACCAAACUAUGGAAGUUUCCGGUACAGUCUGCAUUCGCUACGCCAACAGUGAACAAAACUCCCAGAGAUAAACAGAGUUUAUCCAACUUAUGGGGGAAGCUGACUGGGGUUUUCCAUUCUCUGGGGGAGUGGUCCAACAGAGUUUCUAAAAGUCCACUUGAGAGACUGACGAGGAGGGACAGGAGCAGGCGGGGACACAAGCAGAAAGACACGCCUCACAUUCCCUCCUCUGAUGCGGCCAACCACAGCUGCGGCGCCCGCUCACAGCUGUCUGGACUGGGCCUGUCUUUGCGGAGACAGACCCUUCUGCUGGAGGACGACACCUCUCAUCACAACUACAGAGAGUCCAUUUGCUCGUUGCCAGAUCUGAGCAGACCAUUUCCAGCCUCGAGAUCUAUGUUGAUACAUCCAGCGUUCAAACAGCCACCUCCGUACAGUGUAGGAGACACAGAUAGUGACUUGGACUUAUUAAAUCCCCUGAAUGCUGAUCAGAUAAAAACUAAAAUAGCUGAUCUUGGCAACGCCUGCUGGGUGCACCAGCACUUCACUGACGGCAUCCAGACGUGUCAGUAUCGCUCAGUGGAGGUCCUCAUCGGAGCAGACUACAGUACUCCUGCAGACAUAUGGAGCACGGCCUGCGUGGCUUUUGAGCUGGCCACAGGUGACUAUCUGUUCGACCCUCAAGGAGGAGCUACCUUUUCCAGAGAGGAAGAUCACAUUGCACACAUAAUUGAACUGCUUGGAACAUUGCCCCCACAAUUUGCUCUGUCAGGAAAGUACUCCAAGCUGUAUUUCAACCGCAAAGGUAAUUUACGACACAUUUCAAAGCUCAUGCCAUGGAGUUUGUUGGAGAUCCUGAUGGAUAAAUAUGAUUGGCCGAGAGAGGAGGCGGUCCAGUUCAGCUCGUUUCUACAAAGCAUGUUGGAGAUUGUCCCAGACAGAAGAGCCACUGCUGCACAGUGUUUGAAGCACCCAUGGAUCAACUCGAGUAACACACACACAGUGUCUACUGUUGCAUGA